AUGUCACAAACUUCCAUUCGUUCCGACGCGGAUGAUCCUCCUCCCGCCAGGCAAUCCUCCUCGACCAUAUCGCUCGAAAAUGAAGCCUUGGUGUGGUCGCUAGCAUCCACCGAAGCGUACCAACCGGCGCCCAUCGACAUUAACGUGGGUCGUUCGGAACAAAUAGAACUUCCCGCCCUGCGUUGGAACAACUACGAAUCGCUUCCGGCCAGUAUCAAGCUAACCAACACCGGGGACACAGCCAUUUUAAGUGCACGAUGGAAUGGUGAAACUCCUUCGCUGGAAGGUGGUGCACUGGACGGGCGCUAUCUCUUCUCCCAGCUACACUUUCACUGGGGACGGACGGCACUGGACGGUAGUGAGCAUACGGUUGACGGGUAUCGCUUACCGCUCGAGAUGCACGUGAUUCAUUUUGCCGAACGGUUCGGUGAUCAGGAUGCGGCACUAGCCGUCCCGGGAGGUGUAUUAUGUUUGGUGUACUUCUUCCACUUGAAAUCAAACCCGAAUCGUUUUCUCGCGCCAGUCGUUAAUGGGCUCAGCCAGACGGUGCUGCCAGAAUCGUACACAAAACUCGAACCGUUCCCACUGAUGAAUCUGUUCCAUGCGUUUGUCGACGAGUACUUCCUCUACUGGGGAUGUACCAGAAAUGGGCCACAGGUUUCUCCGAUGCUGUGGAUGUUAUCGCGCACGCAGGAACCACUCGAUUUCCAUCAACUGAAACAAUUCAAUCGUUUGUUGGAUCGUCGAAUGCGUCCUCAUUACAAUCUAAAACCAUCGAACACGGAACCAUCGACGGGGAGACACCUGUUCCAUGUAAAUCCACGCACACCGAUGGCAGUUAGUACGCUGAUGAUUGAGCCUCCGUCCAAAUUUUCACACUCAAGAUGGAUUGUUGAUCGACAUCCAGUUGAUUGGAGUUCGCCAGAAGCUUGCCGGCAAUAUGUUGCGAUGGUGCGUGAGCAUUUGGCGCAAAAGCAGAACGACCACGAUGAAAUGGUCCAAUGUCCGGAAAAUGAAUCCGCCACAAAUUCGGAGUAUUGA